CAGCACCCUCGCAGUCAGUGGAAGACUGCGUUGUUUUCGGUGCGAGAGACCUCAGGGACUUCAAGAUCAUACAGUAUCCGAAUAACAAGCAUAGAAAUUAUGCGACAUGGAACUUUUGGGGCGCCAAGAAAUUGAAUCUUGUGCCGACCAGUCAAGUUCAACACGGAGCCACGAUUUCAUAUCUCCGGAUAUCCUGACCUGAGUUCUUACGAUACAUAUUGUCCGUUCGUCUCCUGGCAAGGUCAGGUGAUCUGAGGCACAAGAAGGUAUAUAAUCCCUACCCUGAUGAGGUCUGUCGAACAUCGACACGGUAGACAUUCCUCUCGAUUACAACUUGAACCAUGCAGCUCUCCCUUGUUUUCAGCACACUCGUGUCCUUUGUUGCUCUUGCUGCAGCUUAUCCUGCACCCAACGUUGAGGCGGGACGUGCUUCUUUGGACGCGCGCGGAGAACAAGACAGCAACUUGUUCAAAUACGACGCAUAUGAUCAGAAGCGUUCGUUGAACACUCGCGGAGAACAAGACAGCGACCUGUUCGCAUACGACUAUAAACCACCUAACGAGCGCUCGUUGGACACUCGCGCAGAACAAGACAGCGACCUGUUCGCAUACGACUAUAAACCACCUAACGAGCGCUCGUUGGACACUCGCGGAGAACAAGACAGUGACCUGUUCGCAUACGAUUAUAAACCACCUAGCGAGCGCUCGUUGGACACUCGCGGAGAACAAGACAGUGACCUGUUCGCAUAUGACUAUAAACCACCUAACGAGCGCUCGUUGAACACUCGCGGAGAACAAGACAGCGACCUGUUCGCAUAUGACUAUAAACCACCUAGCGAGCGCUCAUUGGACACUCGCGGAGAACAAGACAGCGACCUGUUCGCAUACGACUAUAAACCACCUAGCGAGCGCUUUCAAGAGCAAUCAAUCAAUGUCGAUUUCCGCCUCCCCGAGCCCUCAUUGCAGUACAUCUACAAACGACUGCUCGAAGGCACUACAUCGAGCAAGGAGAUCAAGGAAGAAGUUGCGCUCAGGGAACACUCUGAAGGCAUCUCAAGUCACUCUGUUUAUGCAUCCGCAACUUCAAUGGCUUCGGAUGGUGAUAUUCCCCUGGAUGAUGCAGAUGUGGCACUUUUUCCCCUCGCGACAUCAAUUCAGUGA